AAGGUAUUGCAUGGUAUUGGUCUAUGAUUUAUUUUUUGUGUAAAUGUGUACUAUAAAAAAGAUAUUAAAUAAAUAUGAAAUUCAUAUAGGAUGUAAUUAAUUCAUGAUUGGACUGUCUAGUAAGAGAAAAAAUUAAAUGUUUGGUGUUUAAGAUGUUCAAUGUGCUCGGAAAAAAGCACAUAAUAAUAGAGUAAAACAAAAAACUAGAAAAUAUACCGGAAAUUAUCAAACUGAGGAAGUUAUAUUGAAUUUUAAUAAUAAAAAGAAGAAAAAUAACUAAUGACGAGGCAGUAUGGUCCCAGACCUUAGCCUGUCCGAAAGGACAAACGAAAAAAAAAAAAAAAAAUCGUACUUUAACGGAAAUGCAUAGAUGACACCUGAUUUUAAAGAUUACUCUUAUGCAUUAACUUGAAAAACAGGCAACUAUCCGUUAAUCUACAUGCUCUAUAUACCUGAAUCUAAUCCAUAAUUUCGGUACUUGGCUUGAUUUCCCUAGUUUACUAUAAAACUUAUUUGUUUUUUAUCAUUUUAAUAUGUUCAGUGUAUAUGGUUUAUAGAAGUUGUCAGGGGUGUCCGUCAAUAAUAUUCGUUUCUACAGUAAUUUAUAUAUAAUUCCGAAUCUAGGAAACAAUUUUUCAUGAUUAUUGGUCUUUAGGCCAAACAUGUAUGGAAGCUGAGCAAUCUUCUUUUAUAAUAAUAUGGCUGAAAUGAGUAGUCUUUCACAAGGUAUGAUGUGACCACGGGAAAUUGAGAUUAAUUAUAAGUAGUAUAUAAAAGAUAACAAAGGUUUGAUGUGAAUAUCGUUCUGUGUGUUAAAACUUGAGGAUUCAUAGAGAAUAAAUAAUAAAUAUUCCUAACACUCACACCAAUUCGCAAUCGCAAUGUAAGCACAAUAAGGUUUGUGUUAUGGGAUACAAGGGUAACGGAUAGAUUACAUAGACUGAUACAUAUUAACUAUAUUUAUAUAGAAAACCACAUAAACAUCCAUGACUUAGAGAACAAACGCUCGUAUUCAUCAUACAAACACCUGCCCCACCUUUUUCUGUGUUCUGUAGCCCCCACCGGGAUUCGAACCCCGGGCCUCUGAGUAACACCUUGAAACUCGUACAUACAUACCACUCGGCGACGAAGGUCGAGAAAACUUGUAGGUCAGCAAAAGGAUUUUAAUAGGAUAUUCUGAUAUUAUUUAAAAUAUAUUUUCACGUCAUAUUUGGUUUCACAGUUGCUUAUCAUUCCAUGUUUUAUUAGGUAAUUAAGUUGUAUUUAUCUAUAUCCAUAUAUUUAUCGAGAUGGAAUACUUAAAUUUUGGAUCUUGAUUUCGAUAAAGGUAUAAAAGCGUUGAUUUCACGUUUUAUCUGCAUUGAUAUAAUGGAUUUAUUGUGUUGACAAAUGAAAUACUAAAAUUUUAAAAAAUGAUUUUCAAAGUGUUUGCAGUUGGUGUAGCAUUACUUUUUACUGGUUCAGCCGAAUCUUACGAAAUUCAAAUCAACAAUCUUCUAUAUAUGCAGCAAGGAUUGGGAUGGCCUCACUCAUUGACUGUCGUAGUAGGUCAUGAAGCGCUGAUGAAGCUCACUAAAACCGCAACGAAACAAAAUACUUGUGAAGUUAUCACUCCUUCGGGGCAAAGCUUUAUGUUGACUUCACCACCUAGCGAUCGAUACGAGGCAUGGGGUACCGGAUGCGGCUUACGAGUUCGUGAAGUCCACAGCGCAGAUACCGGCCGUUGGCGGUUAACUUCUACCAACAGUACACAGUCUUUUACUGGUUGGAUCGAAGUGUAUGUUGAAGAAGACACGAAGUCAUACGAAGCUCCGCCUAUAUCUCUGUUGGAUGGUGAAGUACAUCCCCAUCUGGACCUAACUUCACUGGACAACUCCUAUUGCUUAGUUGCCCAGCCUUUCUCACAGAGCUCCUUAGUUUCUGGCCAUUGCGGAGUAACAUUAGAUAAAGCCACACGUGCUGUUCAAGGAAAUUGGAAUAUCCUAGUCGGUUUGCCGGGUAGAGUGAAGGAAUUGCAUAUCGACAGGCGGGUGCAAGUUGAGGCCGAACGUCUCGAUGUUGGAUAUGUAUAUGAUAGCAAUACUAACAGGGUCCACCUCUAUUGCAACAUUUUGCAUACAAAGAAAAAUAUCACCUUUUGUCGCUUCCAAAAAACUACAGAUACCGUGGGCUUUAAUGUUAUGGAAGGCCUUAGUGAUGGACUUCGCAGUUAUUACGGUGAUGGGUUUGUGCACAAACAAUGCGGUUUGACUAUCGAGAAACCUACGGAUCAGGAUUUCGGUACCUGGCGCUGUUCAGUCGGCUCACAAUUAAGAGAUGGCAACACUUUGGUACCGCAGACACCUAUGCAGGCCUUGAUUAACGUACCGGUACACCACAAUAAAGCCUCAAGAUUACGAAACGAGGCGAUAAGUAACGACGAGAAUGAUUUGAGGACUAUAUUCGUACAGGAGAAUAUUAGUUUUACGAUACCGUGCCAUGCUGAGUCUUCUCUGACUUACUGCUGGUUCUUACACCCUAACGGCACCCAGUUCACUCCGCUCCCUCUCACGCGAGAAGAUCAACAAUUUUGGUACUCGGGUCAAAGUCUUCAAGUCGGCGAUUGUGGGAUAACCUUCGCGCAUGCCCAAAACAAGGAUGCCGGUGAAUGGACAUGUCAUAUGGGCGCUAGAAACAAACUGGGUUUAGAAUUAACGGACAAAGUCAACGUUAGGGUCACGGGCCCCUUGGCUGCUAACAAGAAAGAAAUCUUUGUAUCCGUUGGCGCAAAUGCCACUAUACAUUGCCACACUUCCAAUGGUAACAGACCGUUGGAAUACUGCAGAUUUCUGAGCCCUAACUUUGUAGGCAUCAACAUAGAUGACACCGUUACCAAGGAAUCUGCUAUAUUAGGUCGUUACUACUUCACCCCCGAGCGGUAUAUGAAUCAAGGCGAUUGCUCGCUCUCAAUAACUUCCGUUCAGGAAGAAGACGAGGGCGAAUGGAAGUGCGCCGCUGUCAUCAACACGAACUCUGUCGAGUCUAGUGACACUGCCACUUUGUACUUAAAGAGCGAUCCUUCGAGACAGUGGAGUCGAGCUGGUAUUACGGGUAUGGCCAUUGGAUUGUCGUGUCUACUAGUUAUAUUAGGUGGAAUUUUGUGGUACAAAAUUGGUCGACCGUUACCCUCCCUGUUGAAUUGGAAUAGGAGACGAUCGAGCCAGCAAAAUAUCAAUCAGCGAUCUUUUGACACAGUAUCGUAUUCAACUAAUAAUGAUGUUGUAAGAUCGAGUGUGUUGACAAAUAACAGUGACGAUUCUGCGACCGCUGUGAAUAAUCCAUAAAAUUAAUAUAAUAAUAUUAUCCACGCGGACCAGGCAGCGGACGGGACUCGAACCCGCACCCUUCGCAAUCCGGGCGAAUGCACUGACCAUUAUGCUACCACGGCCCUAUUCGCCGCGUCGAAAUUUUCCUAGCCUUAAGUAUAUAAAUUUGACCCACUUAAGUCUGUGAGACUCUACGAUUCUUUAUCUUUUGGAACGCAUCGUUUUAUUAGAUAUGUAGGUAAAUACUAGCCACCUAUCCUGCGCAAUAAAACAAUACAAUUAUUCACCAUCAAUAACAUAACCCAUCAAAAUAUUUCUUAAUUAUAAGCCUGAUAUUUUGUUAUAUUUAAUUGUACAUACUCGUAUUGGGUAAAUUUAAUUUAUAACUUCAGUACAAAUGUUAUGCGUUGUGAGAUGUAUGUCAUAGAUAAUAUUUUUUGUAUUGGGAUUAACUUGAUCUGACAUAACAUAUGAAUAAGUUAUCUAGUUAUUGUCUUAUGAAAACAUUAUUACAUCUGUAUUGUAUUUAUUCAAAAGAAUGUUAUAAAUAAAAUCUGUUAACAAGUUUUUAUGUAUUUUUACUCUAUAGGACAGAGCUCUUUGAUACUUUGCUAACCUAGGGCUUUAUUAAUAAUACAUGAAACUGGCAAAAGCGAACCGAAGCGGACGCGUCACUUUUAGCAUAGCUACUGAAAAAAUAGUAUUACUUGUUUCAUUCAUUUACGUGGAUUGCUACGGAAAGGACUACUAUUUGCAUGGCAUGCAUGGGAAAUAUUUCUGCCUCAACACGAAUUUUGACAGCUCCGUAAUCGUAUCCUCACCAUCACAUUUUGUAUGGAAGAAAAAGCCAGUUUGUUCUUACGUCCGAUAUCUCCUUAGUUUUUAUAGAAACUUUGACGAUACGAUACGAUUACGGUUGCUUUCUUGCUGUCUUUGUGUUUGGGCCUUUCAGCCGUUUCAUAUCUGUUAAAGAUAUCUAUAAUGUGUCCCAAAGUUUAUGCCUGCCAAUGUUUCGAGAUAAAAAAAGACAACCAGAUGUUAAAUGAAAAAGCAACAUUUUAUUAUUUCGUAAUCUUAUAACAAAUAUUUACAAUUAGUUAUUUUUAAACUAAGACAACAGUUAUAAAUUUCCGAUUUUCUCAAACAUUUUAAAAUUUCGAUUGGACAUUACAGUUUUAGAUUAUGCGCUUAAAUGAAAUGCAGUCAUUAACAAUAUUAUGUAAUGCUUAGCAAAAAUAUUUAUGUAAGUACUUUUGCAAAAACUAAGUUAAAACAGCCGGGCAAAAUGUGGACUUGUGCAUAGCACCCCGGAAAUAUCUGGAUAUUGGACGAAUCGUAACCCUAGUCGUAACUCAAUUAUAGUAACUUUGUAACAAAGAAAAAACUUACAGAUUUCGGUAAGUUCAAAUGCAAUACAAUUUGCAAAAUUAAUGAACUAGGAAGGAAUGGGGUCAUAUUUUGUAUGACAUAUUUGAUUUAAAAGAUUUGUUACCAAAAAAAGUAGUUUUUUUAUAUAAGUGUAAGUGCUUGAAUAUCACAGAAUAUUUUUUCAAUAAUUAUAGUAAAUUAAUUUUGUAAUUACUAUAAGAAUUAUAUAUAAUUUGUUAAGGAGUUUCUAGACCCUUUGCAGGGCUACAUUUAUCAAAAAAGUAUGGUUAACGAAUUAUUAAUUAUUGAACGACUUUAUCUUGAAUCUUUGAUGAGGUAGGUAGUAUCUAGCUAGUGUAUACUUUUACUUAUUUAAUUUUAAACUGGAUGUCAUUUUUGUUUUUUGAAUACAGUAUUUUAUGCAAUGUAGAGCGCUAUUUUUCUCCGUCCAUUGGUUUGGGAUCAGGUAAAGAGUUCAUGGUACAGCCCAUGAAUUUAUUACAGAUAUGUAUGUUCGGAGUAAAUGGAUUUUUUCCAAUAAUGUGAGACGUUGUGCUACACUUAAUAAUACUUUCUCUUCCGCCAAUCCCAAAAAUAUUGUUAUCACAAAUGUUUUCUAUUUUACAACAAACCCACAUUAACAUAUUUCCUUGACGAUAAUUUAGUCUAAUUUUUAUAUGUACUUAUAAUGUUGGAUUUACAGUGUUUCUUUGUAGCCAAUAAUCAUUUGCGAUAUGGGGACGCUCGCAAAGAACUUGUUGAUUGCUUUCACUCCGGUCACGACUAUUUGCUUGAUCGCUGGAGGGGCAAGUUCGUCCAUCAAUUGUUUCCAAUUUUGGUUAGCGAAUUGGAGUGUUGUGUCGGCU